AUGAAAAAGAAGCACAGUGCCGCUGGGGUCCGCCUCAUCGUGGAAGCAACGCUUGAAGGCAAGGGAUAUGGGAAGACACAGUACAAGGUCUACGAGGCAGUUGCAGGGCUGAAGGAGGAUGGGAAGCGCGAAGCUCCCUACCUGUUCGUCUGGCUGCACGGCAUGGACAACGGCAUGAUCGAGCCUGCGUACCUGCGGACGAUGCAGACUAGAAUGAACCGCCGCGUGAUUUUCAUGGUUCCGAAGAGCCCAAACACGACGGCUGAUGGCUGGCACUUCAACUGGGGGUGCUGCUUCUCCAAGAGCGACAACAAGAAGCAGCUAGGCUACGUCUUCGGCUCGCUGCAUCUGGACUAUUUGCGCGACCUCACUGCAAAGAUCAGCGAGAUCGCAUCCAUCUUUCAAGCAGAGAGAACGUUGGUGAUGGGAUACAGCAUGGGUGGCUUCGGGGCCUUUCAGCUCGGGGCGAUGGCUCCUGACGUCUUUGACGUGGUGGUUUCCGUUGCCGGGUAUGGAUUGGGGACUUUGGAGCCCCAAGGUGAGAUGUACGAUGCGCCGCAACCGCGAGCAGGGGAGCGAUUUGAACUCUUCCUUCGGCAGGUGGCAACAAGGCUGAGCGUCGUGCCAGUCGUUCUUGCAAUGCACGCAAGGAAAGACUCGAUGUCAAGCUUCCGAGAUGUGUAUGCAAUCAUUCAUCACGUGCAGGAAGAAAGCAUCAAGAAAGGUUCUGACAGCAUCGUGCAGCUCUUCGAGGUUCCAGAUGAAAAGGCCGACUCCGACAGGGGGCGCAAGAAGAAAAACAAAAGUGGUCAUCACUACUUCAACUACACUUUGCUAGACGAGUCCAGCGACGAUUUUUUCUGGUCGAAGCUUCAAGGCUUCCUUCAAGUUGCCGGUCCCAGACUGGAGCUGCAGACGGUGAGCUUUGACUCCAUCGGACGCUUCGGGCUGUCGAACACAGGCAAGCCCGUUUGUGCGAGAUGUGGUCCCUGCUUGACGGAGGCGAACGCUGGCGAAGCGGCCAAAAGCCUUCGCAUUCCGCAGUUCGUGCUCGCAGGUCGGCAAUCAUCACCAAGCGAUCAAAGAGUACCUGCAACGCAUCGGCUGCUGAACGAGGUUCAGGAAUCCACAGAUGCGACGGCGGAGGGUGAUGCUUGGGGAGAAGAGGAGGCUGAAGAUCAGCCGUGGGAAGAUGAGGAGUUUCAGGAAGACGAAAUGGAACUGGGUGAGGCGGUGGGCGAAGACGGCGAGCCGCCUCCUGAGGAGGAGGAGCUGCCUUUGGAGGCCUCGUUUGCACCUCCUACAAGGACUUCCAACAUCCCUCCUGCUGUGCCGAGAAGGGCGUCCAACGGCCCAGUGGGAGCUUCGGCUGCUUCACAACUCUUCAAGCGAAG